GCUGUCUCCUCUGGAUCGACAAAUAGCGUAUACAAUCACAAGCACCCGCGAAGAAAAGCAUUUUUACUGCGUCUCCAACACCAUCCCGAAGGACUCGAAUUUGCAGAGUCCUCUCGCGUAUUUAUAAACCCUAAGAAAACCUUCAAUUCAGCAGCCCUAAUUCCUCCGUCAAUGGUACCGGACCCUUCACAUCGGUAAACAGUUUCUACAGAUAUAUUUGAUAGAAGUUAAUUUAUUUAUAUUUUCGUUGGAAUUGGAAGAUGGAUAUUGAACAAAGGCAAGCGGAGCACAUCGAGUACUUCGUGAAACAAGCGUCGGCUGUCAGAGGUUCCGCCUUGACCACUGUCAUCGUCGACGCCACCUCCCACCCCUCCCUCUUCGCCUUCUCCGAGAUUCUUGCGGUUCCCAACAUUCUAGAGCUUGAAGGAACUGAGAAUUCUAUGUACCUUUAUUUGCUUCGUUUGUUUGCUCAAGGAACAUGGACUCAGUACAAGAAUUUUACUGGAAACCUUCCUCAAUUGGUCCCUGACCAAGUUCUGAAGUUGAAGCAACUUACUGUGCUUACACUGGCUGAGACGACCAAGGUGCUGCCAUAUGAUUUACUUAUGCAGGAAUUGGAUGUCUCUAAUGUGCGUGAACUUGAAGAUUUCCUCAUAAAUGAGUGCAUGUACGUGGUGAGUAUACAUGGACAGGGCAUAGUUAGGGGAAAGCUGGACCAGUUGCGAAGAUGCUUUGAGGUGCAAUUUGCAGCAGGGAGGGAUCUAAGGCCUGGUCAAUUGGCGAGUAUGAUAGAGACACUGAGUGACUGGCUGAUGACAUCAGACAAUCUUCUUGUAUCAAUUCAAGAGAAGAUCAAGUGGGCAGAUACAAUGAGCCAGUUGGACAAGAAGCACCAUAAGGACAUUGAAGAGAAGGUUGAUGAAGUUAAAAAGACUUUGUCCUUCAAGGUCGGUUAAAUGCAGUACCUUUCAACAUGAGUUGUUUACUUGUUUCUAGUUCACAGGACCAAAUUUAGCUUUCUCGAGUAAUAUUUCAUUCGUGUAUAUUCAUGCUAGUGAACUAGAGGUGGCAAAUAGGUGAGUUGGGAAAAAUAUGAGUAAAUAAAAUAUGGACUCUUCACUGAUGAAUUUCUUGCAUGUCGGCAGAACAAAAAAGUGGAUAAUAUGAAUAAAAUAUUUUGGGGGAAGGGGGUGGGAGGAUGUGUUCCAAAUCUUUUAUAAGAACUUAAGAAGUGAUGUACUAAAUGAUGUAGCUUGUAACAAGUGUCACAAUUUCUCAUAUUCAUUGGUUGCUAUAAGUUACCAAUUAGGCAAGAUUACUAAUAGCCACAAACGUGUAAAAACUUGUGAAUGCAUUUAUUUGUUGUGUGUAUCCUCAUAGUGGACUACUAUUUCUUGAUGAUGUAAAGAUUGAUUUUAUAUUCAAGUACUGUGGUAUGUUAGUCGAUGUGUCUUACUUACAUUA